AUGACUGCCUGGGUUCGGAUUAAUGGCUUGAAUGUGGAGUAUUUUCGCUCAGAUGUUAUGAAGAAGAUUGGGAAUCUUAUUGGUACCACUGUUAAGGUUGAUGCUCAUACCAUGAGUCAAGCUCGAGCUAAACCUCUAACCCCUUUCAUUAAGGUGGAAGGUCGUUCUUAUGGGGUGGAGUCAAAUUCAGGUCAUGCUGAGAAUAUGGAGGUUAAUACUUCGGCUAAGAGUGGUGGGCUCAGUGUGAAUAAUCCUGUUACCAAAGAUGCUGAGAUUCCAGCUAAGAUGCAUGGGCAGUGGAUGUUAAUGAAACCAAGAAGUUUUAAUAAAAAGAAGGUGGUGAGUGAGUCAGGGAAGGUUCCUGAGUUAGGAAACUUUAAUUCAAAGGAGUCUGGGUCUAAGGAUGCUGAUAUCCUUUCUGGGUCCAGGUUCAAUGUUCUUGUUGAGGAGGAUAGUGGGAAGGAUGAUAUGGAGGGGUUUACUCCUGUUAGCACAAGGAGGAAUGUGAGGUCUACCAGUCCUCUUGGGGCUAAUCUAAUUUCUAAGGCUAAAUCGUUUGGAAGCAAUCUUCGCAUCCUCCCUUUGAAAGACAUCACUAAUGCUUCUUCAUCCAAAGUGGGAGGUGUUGUGGUUAAGGGUGGCCCAAAUUUGAGGAAGCCUUGGAGGAAUAAAGUGGGGGCUAAACCUGUUAAUGCUCAUGGGUUGGAAUCUGUGGGGUUGCAAAUCAGUGGUUCUGAGGUGCAAGAUGAUGUUCGUGGGGUUUUUUCGUUUAAUGUUGUUGGUUCUCCUUUUACUGACUAUUCUUUGGGUAAGGUUGGCCUGGUUAAUGGUCAUGACCCACCUAAUUUUAGCCAAAUGAAGCUGCAUGAAGCUGAGUCUUCUAGUGUGAGUUCUGCCUCUGAUGAUAUGGAUCAACAUAGGGACUUCACGGAUUCUGGUUUGUCUGUUGUUGGUUUGCCUACUGGUAUGCUUUGUAAGCAUGAUGGCUCUGCUCUUGAGGCAAAGCUAUUGCAUAUCUAG